AUGAAAAUUUUUGUGCAAAUGUUAGAUGGUUGGAGGAAAGAAAUCGUCGUUAACGAAAAUUCUGAGACAGUUGCUCAUCUUAAAGAUACCGUAGUCCGUGAGCUGAGAAACAAAGAGCUUACUUUUGAUCAAAUCUACUUAUAUCUCAAAGAACGGGAAAUUAGCGGCGUGUGGGUAAGAGAUUGUGGCAUACAACCAGGGGAUACAGUAAAUGUUGUUGCAAAGCAACGGAAAUUUAUUCGAAUAACUGUGAAGCACGAAGAUGGCAGAAUCACUCUUGACGUUGAGGAAAGCGAGCUGGUCGAAGAUGUAAAAGAAAGAAUUAAAAAAAGAAAAGGGUUUGCCGUUGAUCAACAAGUUAUUAUGUUUGAAGGACAAGAAAUCAACGGGAGGUUGAAUCAUAAUGGGAUUGAACAAGGUUCUAUUUUGAGUUUGUGUUUUGAGGAAGUGCAAAUUUUUGUUAAGGAUAUGACAGGGGAAAUAGACAGGUUCGACGUCCACCUUGCCGACAAAGUUCUCAAAUUCAUAGGUCAAGUCGCUGAGAAAAGGGAACUUGGGGCAAGUCACGUGAGACUGAUUUAUGAAGGAAGACAGUUGUGUGAAGGGAACCUACUACAAGACUACGGUAUCAGGCCGAAUUCAACAGUGCACUUAGUAGUGCGUAUUCGUGGCGGAUACAUUCAAACGUUAUGUCCUUAUCCUCGUAUUAAAACUUAA